AGGACGGACAUCAGUCACUUCAACAAUGUUCAAGUUCGUAGUAUUGUCCGCUCUUGUGUGCGCCGCUGUGGCUGAGCCUGGCGUGUUCCUGGCGCCCAGCACCUACGCAGCAACACUCCAGGCACCCGUCACCAGCACCUACGUGCAGCACGCCAGCACCGUCUACCCCGCGGCCGUGCCCAGCCUCUACUCCGGCCUGGCCUACCCACACUUCAUCAAGAAACGUGAGGCGCAGUUCUACAACGGCUAUAUUAACGGAGCCUACGUCGCGCCCACAGCUCUAGCUACCCCGUACGCGUCCACCCUCGUAGCGCCCGCCGGCCUCGCGGCGUACUCGCCUGCUGUGCUGCCCUACGCUGCGCCUGCGCACUUCAUCAAGAAGCGUUCCGCCUCCCCCUCCCCCGCGUUGAUCGCCUCCUCCACCUACGUCGCUCCCGCACCCAUCGCCUCCACCUACAUCACCUCGCCCCUCGCUGCCACUUACUCUGCACCCAUCUACUCCAGUGCUGCAUACUAUCCUUACAAUACCUACAACGCAGGAUUCCCUUUCAUCAAGAAGUAAUUUGAAUUAUAGCACCUUAAUACAAGUUUCCUUGGGAAAAUCUGAACCACCAUUCAAGUUUACAUACAAACAUGUGCAACAUAAAAAAACUGUAAUACACUAGCAUAACUUUUUAAAUCUGAAAAUCAUAGAAUUCAACCGAGUGCCAUAACAAUUUUGUAGUAAAUAAAUGCAUACCUGUAGAUAAA